AUGGUACCGCAUCCAAGAUUUGUCUUUAGUGAAUCUGAAUCAACUGCAUUAGAACAAUUCGAAGGUGGCCCUUGUGCAGUGAUUGCACCUGUACAGGCAUUCCUUUUGAAGAGGCUUUUUACCAGCGAAAAGUCUACUUGGAGAGACUGCCCAGAAGAGGAGCAGAAGAACCUUCUCUGUCAUACAUUAUGUGAUAUUUUGGAAAUGGCUUGCUCUGAUAAUUCUGAGUCGUACUCUCUGGCAACGUGGAUAAGAGGAAAAACAACUGAAGAAACUGCUAGUAUUUCUGAAAGUCCUGCAGAGUCUAGUCGUCAAGAGGAACAACCUUCUGCCUUGGCUGUCGAAGAGCUUGGCUUUGAGCGAUUUCAUGCAUUAAUUCACAAACGAGCAUUCAAAAGCUUUCCUGAACUGAAGGAUGCAGUUUGGGAUCAAUAUUCAGUGUGGACAAACAGAUUUGGAGUAUUGCUCUUUCUGUAUUCGGUGAUACUGACAAAGGGUAUUGAAAAUAUAAAAAAUGAAAUUGAAGAUGCAACUGAGCCAUUGAUAGAUCCUGUUUACGGUCAUGGAAGCCAAAGUUUGAUUAAUCUCCUAUUGACGGGGCAUGCUGUUUCUAAUGUGUGGGAUGGAGACAGAGAAUGUUCAGGAAUGAAACUUCUUGGUAUACAUAAACAGGCAACAAUAGGCUUUUUGACAUUGAUGGAAUCUCUGAGAUAUUGUAAGGUUGGCUCCUAUUUGAAAUCUCCAAAAUUUCCCAUUUGGAUACUUGGCAGUGAAACACACCUCACGGUCUUUUUUGCCAAGGAUAUGGCCCUUGUUGCUCCUGAAGCACCUUCAGAACAAGCUAGAAGGGUUUUCCAGACAUAUGACCCCGAGGAUAAUGGUUUUAUACCUGACACUCUGCUAGAAGAUGUAAUGAAGGCUCUGGACCUUGUUUCAGAUACUGAAUAUGUAAACCUCAUGAAGACCAAAUUAGACCCAGAAGGAUUGGGCAUCAUAUUACUUGGUCCCUUUCUGCAAGAAUUUUUCCCUGAGCAGGUAAUCAAUAUAGCUUUGUUGGUGCAGACCAUUGUCUAUUCUGCUUGUCUUUGA